UACAUUGUUAGAUGUUUCUCACACCUCGAACAGUCAACUUGUUUUCUUACGGUGACAGUAUUAAUCCAAUUAUUAGUGCUUUGUGAAGUUUUAGCUCAGUGCUCUUACAUUGGUGUAAUAAGAAUUGAAUAUAAAAUGGAAAAUAAGGUGAUAGAUAAUACAAAAUAUAAAGCACCGCUCUUUGGCGCUCGUCAUGUACAGUGUAUUCUCAUAUUUCUGGGGCUGUCUGCUGCGAUUACGCAGCGUGUAAAUCUCUCGGUAGCGAUAGUGGCAAUGAUGGAUAAAAAUUCGACAAACCCCGAUUUUGAGGAAUACGAAUGGUCCGAGAAAACAAAAUCUUACCUACUCAGCAGUUUCUUUUGGGGUUAUUUUGUAACACAAAUACCAGGUAGUCAGUUGGCGCACAAAUUUGGUGGUAAAAUAAUGCUCCUCAGCAGUGUAGCACUGAGUGGCCUCUUGGCUUUACUCACACCGCUGAGUGUGCGUUUGGGUGACUGGCAACUGCUCUGUGCGUUACGUUUGUGUCAAGGUCUCAUACAGGCUAGCACCUUUUCAGCGAUACAUACGUUGCUCUCGAAAUGGGUACCUGCCGAGGAGCGUGGCUCUCUUGGCACCUUUUGCUACACUGGUGUGCCUUUUGGUAGCAUAUUGAUCAUGUUGGUUAGCGGUUGGAUCGCCUCCUCUUCAUUCGGUUGGCCUGGUAUAUUUUAUUUCUCCGGCUUGUACAGCAUAAUUUGGGGCUUAGUCUGGUAUUUGGUGGGCGCAAGCGCACCCAGCGAUUGUAAAUGGAUGAGUGCGGAGGAACGUUUGUUUAUCGAAGCGGCGCUGGUGACAUCGGUGAAACCGGAACAUGAGAAAACGCCCACAAAAACACCUUGGUUGAAGAUACUCACAUCUGUGCCUUUCUGAGUACUUUUGGUGGCGCAGAGCACUUACGCUUGGGGCUUUUGGACAAUGCUAACGCAAAUACCGUCGUAUAUGAAGAGCAUAUUGGGACAGGAUAUCAAGAGCAAUGCACUUAUGUCUGCAACACCUUACCUGGCUAAUGUGCUCUUGACAUUUGUAUUUUGUGUCUUAGCCGAUUUUCUUAUCAAGCGUGGCUACACGAGCGUCAAUACCAGUCGUAAGCUAUUCAACACAAUCGGUUUCUGGGUGCCUGUAGUGCCGAUCAUAUUACUAGGUUAUAUGCGCGCUGAUCAGAGUGAGUUGGCACUAGCGUUGCUUAUUAUUGCUGUUGGUGUGAAUACGGCCGGUUCUUUGGGUUUCCUCACCAAUCAUAUUGAUCUAUCACCCAAUUUUGCUGGUAUCCUUAUGGGCGUAGCUAAUUGUGCGGCAAAUGUAAUGAGCUUAUUGGCACCAUUAACGGUGGGCUUCAUCGUCACAGAUGCGAAAAAUGUACACCAGUGGCGUAUCGUGUUCUACAUCGCCAGUGGCAUGUAUUUCAUCGGCAAUUUAUUGUUCAUCUUGUUUGGCCAAACGAAAAUCCAAGCCUGGAACUAUCCCAAGCCAAGAUGGGACGAACGCGAUCAUAUACGAUUCGAAACCAUCAAAGGGGAAAAUGAGAAAGUGUGAAAAUUCCUGCUUAGUUUUUUAUUCGAAAUGAUGCAUUUAUUGUAAAUUCUAUUAAAUUUAGAGUAUUUUUAUAUUCUCACAACA